GCACUUCGUGCGCAGGGCCCUGACUAGACAUUUGGGGGAGGCUUAAAAGGGGAAAACUCAAUCCCUGGAGGUAGGGAAAUCCCCACCUGAUUGAGGAGACAGGCAGUCCCACGUGAAAGAAACACCCAGCAAACAUCACAGAGUAGCUCUGCAAAGUAGUGCAGCAUUUAUCCUGAGGGGACACAGUAGGUAGGAGUGUGUGUAUGUGUGUGGGAUAGUCUUAAAGAUAACCUGGAGGAGGUGAAUAUUGGACCAUCUUGAACAAAGCAAGAGACAAAGUAGAAUAAAACGCACAGGAGGGUAAUAAUUCCUGUGCAAAGAGGAGGAGGAAAGCCAUUGAGUCAGGAUGAGCCAAGAAGAGUGUGGGAUGGCCUUUGUUAAAAGACUUUGAAUGUUAAAUGAGAGAUUUUGUAGGAUAGGCAAUAGGGAACCACCAUUAGUUCUCAAUCAAGAAAAUGUGGGAUCCUUGAUGAUUUAACCACUUACUUAGGUUGCUGGGGAUAUGUUAAAUUAAAAAUAAGACUUUCCUAUGGUAGGAACUAAUGUAAGGGAGGAGGGCUUGAAGGCAGAUUGGAUCCAGUCCUGGCUCUGUCCCUAACCAGCUAUGGGACCUUGGACAGAUUAUUCCCUGAAAAGAGGGGACAACCUUGGGUGGUUGCCAGGGUCCUCUCAAAGUAUGACAGUUUGUGUUCCCUGAAUUACUACUAGGCCUUACCAGUGGCCACCUGCUGUUUUGUGGGACUUGCCAAAACCAUUAAGUCAUUGAGUCAACAAAUACUUAUUAGCACCUACUUUGUGCUGAUAGGGGGUGAUGAGGAAAAUACAAUGGGAAUUGGAUAUGAGGUGAGCAAAACCAGAUAAAGUCCCUGACCUUAGAGUUUUCAGUCUAGUGGGGGCUUGAAGAUAUUAUAUUUCAUUAAUUCUAACACUCACAUUUUAACAUUUCUGAACUCAGGAUGCAUCUUAAAAGUCAUGAGUAUCAUAAUCUACUUGGUAGCAUUUUUUAAAAUUAGUGCCACAAAGUAAAUAGUACAAUCAGAAUUGAACACAUACCUACAAAAUUCUAGUGGAUAAUUGCUGAAGAGGAGGGUACAUGGUGAUGUAUGAACAUAUAAAAGAGGGCUCUGACUAGCCCAGUGGGCUGGGACAAGUUUUCCUGAGUAUGUGAUGUUUGGUAGAUGUGAAGUGUACGUAGGCAAGGUGUGUGGGAUUGGCAGGGCCACCACUGUUGAACCAGGCACAAGUGAAUAUCUGAGGUGGGAGAUCCGAGAGCUAGUGAGUGGCUGGAGCAUAGACCCUGGAGCUCAGCUGGGGGAGGCUGGCAAGGUAGUUGGGGAGCAGACCUCCCUCCCUUAGCCUCACAGGCCCUGGGCAGGGGUUUUGGUGUUUAUGCUACGAGCAGUGGGAAGCCAGUGGGAAGCCGUUGAAGAGUUUUAAGUGAAAGGAGUAAUGAGGUGCACUUGUUACAGCUGUGGAUUCGGGUGGAUGUGAGAACAGUUGGGAGGCCACUGCAGUAGGUCGGAUGAAAAAACAAUGGCUUGGACAAGAGCAGUUGUGGUGGUAGAAGAGGAAAUGGAGAGAAGUAAAUUCAAGAGAUCUUCAGGGGGCAGGAGCAAGUCUGAAUACAGAGCUAAAGUCAUUGAACAUUGAGAGAAGUCGGUUCCCGAUUCUGGUCCCCGGCCCCCAGCAGCGCCUGCCCCCUUCCCACCGGGGCCCCCCAUGAUGCCACCACCCUUCAUGCCCCCUCCAGGGAUCCCCCCACCCUUUCCUCCGAUGGGGCUACCCCCUAUGAGUCAGAGACCACCAGCCAUCCCCCCCAUGCCGCCUGGCAUCCUGCCCCCUAUGCUUCCACCAAUGGGGGCGCCACCUCCACUCACACAGAUACCAGGAAUGGUACCGCCAAUGAUGCCAGGAAUGCUGAUGCCAGCAGUGCCUGUCACCGCAGCGACGGCUCCGGGUGCGGACACCGCCAGCUCUGCUGUGGCUGGGACUGGCCCUCUGAGGGCCCUAUGGAGUGAGCACGUGGCCCCUGAUGGGCGCAUCUACUACUACAAUGCUGACGACAAGCAGUCCGUGUGGGAGAAGCCCAGCGUGCUCAAGUCCAAGGCGGAGCUGCUGCUGUCCCAGUGUCCCUGGAAAGAGUACAAGUCGGACACAGGCAAACCUUACUACUAUAACAACCAGAGUAAGGAAUCCCGCUGGACCCGACCCAAGGAUCUGGAUGACCUGGAGGCUCUAGUCAAACAAGAGGCUGCAGGGAAGCAGCAGCAGCAGCAACCACAGACACUACAGCCACAGCCUCCUCAGCCACAGCCUGACCCCCCACCUGUACCCCCUGGCCCCACACCAGUGCCCACAGGCCUCUUAGAACCUGAUCCAGGCGGGAGUGAAGACUGUGAUGUGUCAGAGGCUCCUCAGCCCCUGGAGCAGGGGUUCCUGCAGCAGCUAGAGGAGGGCCCCAGCAGUUCUGCUGGACAGCAUCAGCCACCACAGCAGGAGGAGGAGGAAUCAAAGCCUGAACCAGAGAGGUCUGGCCUCAGUUGGAGCAACCGGGAGAAGGCAAAACAGGCAUUCAAGGAGCUGCUGAGGGACAAGGCUGUCCCAUCCAAUGCCUCAUGGGAACAGGCCAUGAAGAUGGUGGUCACUGACCCCCGUUACAGUGCCUUGCCCAAACUGAGUGAGAAAAAGCAAGCAUUCAAUGCCUACAAGGCGCAGAGGGAGAAGGAGGAGAAGGAGGAGGCCCGGCUGAGGGCCAAGGAGGCUAAGCAGACCCUGCAGCACUUCCUGGAGCAGCACGAGCGCAUGACCUCCACCACUCGCUACCGGCGGGCAGAACAGACCUUUGGAGAGCUAGAGGUCUGGGCUGUGGUCCCUGAGAGGGAUCGAAAAGAGGUUUAUGAUGAUGUCCUCUUCUUCCUGGCCAAGAAGGAAAAGGAACAGGCCAAGCAGCUCCGGCGCCGCAACAUCCAGGCCCUGAAGAGCAUCCUGGAUGGAAUGAGUAGUGUCACCUUCCAAACCACAUGGUCCCAGGCUCAGCAGUACCUCAUGGAUAACCCCAGCUUUGCUCAGGACCAUCAGCUGCAGAACAUGGACAAGGAAGAUGCCCUGAUCUGCUUUGAGGAACACAUCCGAGCUUUGGAGAGGGAGGAGGAGGAGGAGCGGGAGCGGGCUCGGCUUAGGGAGCGGCGCCAGCAACGCAAGAACAGGGAGGCCUUCCAGACCUUCCUGGACGAGCUGCAUGAGACAGGGCAGCUGCACUCUAUGUCCACCUGGAUGGAGCUCUACCCAGCGGUCAGCACUGAUGUCCGCUUUGCCAACAUGCUGGGCCAGCCGGGCUCCACCCCUCUGGACUUGUUCAAGUUCUAUGUAGAGGAGUUGAAGGCACGAUUCCAUGAUGAGAAGAAGAUCAUUAAGGACAUCCUUAAGGACCGGGGCUUCUGCGUGGAGGUGAACACAGCCUUUGAGGACUUCGCCCACGUCAUAAGCUUUGACAAGAGGGCUGCUGCGCUGGACGCAGGCAACAUCAAGCUGACCUUCAAUAGUCUGCUGGAGAAAGCAGAGGCACGGGAGAGGGAGCGGGAGAAGGAGGAGGCACGAAGGAUGCGGCGCAGGGAGGCUGCCUUUCGAAGCAUGCUGAGGCAGGCCGUGCCUGCUCUGGAGCUAGGCACUACCUGGGAAGAGGUCCGUGAGCGCUUUGUGUGCGACUCAGCCUUUGAGCAGAUCACCCUGGAGUCGGAACGGAUCCGGCUCUUCCGGGAAUUCCUCCAGGUGCUGGAGCAGACUGAAUGCCAGCACCUCCACACGAAAGGCCGAAAGCACAGCAGGAAGGGCAAGAAGCACCAUCGCAAGCGUUCCCACUCACCCUCAGGCUCUGAGUCGGAAGAGGAGGAGCUACCCCCACCGUCUCUCCGGCCCCCCAAGCGGAGGAGGCGGAACCCCUCGGAAUCAGGCUCUGAGCCCUCUUCCUCACUUGAUUCGGUUGAAAGUGGGGGUGCUGCCCUUGGAGGACGGGGCUCCCCUUCCUCCCACCUUCUCCUUGGAUCAGAUCAUGGCCUUCGGAAAGCCAAGAAACCAAAAAAGAAAACUAAAAAGAGAAGACACAAGUCGAACAGCCCUGAGAGUGAAACAGACCCUGAGGAGAAAGCUGGCAAGGACAGUGAUGAGAAGGAACAGGAACAGGACAAGGACAGGGAGCUCCGGCAGACAGAUCUCCCUAAUCGUUCCCCAGGCUUUGGCAUCAAGAAGGAGAAGACGGGCUGGGACACGUCGGAAAGCGAGCUGAGCGAGGGUGAGCUGGAGAGGCGGCGACGCACACUCUUGCAGCAGCUGGAUGAUCACCAGUGACCGACAAACUGCUGCCUGCCUUGGGUCUGCGUGCGCCUGUGGCUCCUGGGCCACCCUCGCCGUCUGCCUCAGACUUCUUCCUUAGUCUGGUCUGUGUUCACUUUUCCCACAGUAGCCCCACCCCCAGCACACCACCGUUGGCACCUCUCCAGGUUGCCCCUGGUGUUCAAGGGUUCCCUCCUCCCCGGACAGCUAGUGUGCCCCAGGGGACAGCCCUCAGCCCUAGACCAGAGAUGGGUGGUACAUGCCACUCGAGGUGGGUGAUGCCAGUAGAUAAAGUGUGAGAGAAGGGGUAUCCAGGGAAGAGUGAUGGGCUGGUGGACACAGCCUGGGUGGCAGAAGGCAGAGUCCUCACCCUCUAGCAUCAGUGCCUGCUCCUGCCCGCCCUGGCCAUGGCACUCCACCACUUGUUCCUCCUGCCCAGGACCCAGUAUAUGUGUGUUUUGUUUUGUUUUUGUUUUUUAAAUAAUGAUAUUUAUAACAUGG